GGCGCCCCUGCUCUUAACCCGCGCGCGGGGGCGCCCAGCCACUGGGCUCCACUGAGCCAGCGAGCGGUCAGCGCGGAGCCGGAGACGCGCGUCCCGACCCAAGCCAACGCAGCCCGCAGGCAUGGCCCCCGCAGCGGCGUCAGGGGGCAGCUCCCUGCCCAGUGGCUUCGCAGUCUUCACCACCUUCCCCGACCUGCUCUUCAUUCUCGAGUUUGUCUUCGGGGGCCUGGUGUGGAUCCUGGUCGCCUCGUCGCUGGUGCCCGUGCCCCUGAUCCAGGGCUGGGUGAUGUUCGUGUCUGUGUUUUGCUUCGUGGCCACCACUGUCCUGCUCAUCCUGUACAUAAUUGGCGCCCACGGCGGGGAGGCUUCCUGGGUCACCCUGGAUGCCGCCUACCACUGCACCGCCGCCCUGUUUUACCUGAGCGCCUCAGUCCUGGAAGCCCUGGCCACAAUCCAGAUGCACAACGGCUUCACCUACAAGCAGUACCAUGAGAACAUCUCCGCUGUGGUGUUUUCGUAUGUAGCCACUCUGCUGUAUGUGGUCCAUGCGGUCUUUUCUUUAAUCCGAUGGAAGUCUUCGUAAAGCCAUGGAAGAUCUGUAGCUGAGAGCCAACGGUGUUAACUGACCAGCCUGCUUUCCAGCAUAACUUUUUAGAAUGCAGACAUGCUCGCCAUGGUGGAUAAAAGAAAACACCCCCCCCCAAAAAAAAGCAACACUGUUUCUUGUGGGUGAUUGAUAUGUUUACUCUCCUGUAGACCUUCAGUCAGGGUUGGGAGCCAGCCACCUUUAACCUCCAAAGACAGCUGUCUUUCCUGGGUCAUUUCCUGUUGUGAGGGGAUGGUGGGGGUAGGAAGUGGGGGCUGUGGCCUGGAGAGACCAUGGAACAAAGACCCCCUGCUGACCCUUGGGUGGGUCUCCAGAACUCUCCAUUGGAAUUUUCCACAGGCUCUCUGAGCACCCAUCUUGUGGCGUGUUUCUAAGUCUUCAUGGAAAGUAAAACCCACCCAACAAAUAUUUGCAGAUGUCUAUGGUGGGAAAUGAUAAACCUUUUUAACACUCAUAAAGUGCCUUUAUGUUCAA